AUGACACAGCAGCAGUUCGAGGCCGCUUGGAGGACCGACCAUCUGGUGUCUUUGUCCUUCACCUGCGGGUUGGUCACUUGUCGACUUUCAGUUGUUCGCCGUGCCGCUUUCAUCUUCGGCAUCGGACAGAAUCACAUUGUCUUUACCACUGUGGCUGUCCUGGCCACCACAAGAAUCAUCCAGGUCAUCUGGAGGCCAAGAGGUCUUUCACCGAAACUCCAGGGAAGACGCGCAUGUUUUGUAAAUCCGCGGAAGAGAACAGCUUCAUCCAGUUUACUCUGCUCCAAGGAAGAUCCGUUGGAGGAUUGCUGGAUCAGUGGGGACAGUGAUCUGCGCAACAUGAAGCCUGGAGAGCUUUUCUAG